AUGUUUGAUACAAUAUGCACUCUCCCGCUCCCCGCCGAUCUCUUUGCCCAGGCCGUACAUCCUACCGAGUCUAUCGUUACGGUCGGUCUGUCUUCGGGCCAUGUGAUCACCUACAGACUGCCCUCGGGCGAAGAAGAUGAAGAUAGCGGAAGCAAUAGUAGUCCGCCUCCUCCAGUACCAGGCACGGCAAACGGAAACGGCCCAACACCAAUCAUAUCGACCUUCCGAAGAUCAUCGACUGCAUCAGAGAACGGCCUCGGCUCAAUAGACACCGUGUGGAAGACGAAGAGACACAGUGGCUCGUGUCGCUGCAUUUCUUACAACCACGAUGGCUCCCUGUGCUAUUCUGGUGGUACUGAUGGCUUGGUGAAAGCAUUCAAUACCGAGACUGGGAAAGUAGUAAGCAAGAUUGCAAUACCGCCAGACUCGGAAACUGGCGAUGUAGAUGCACCCACAGUGCUACAUGCUCUCAGCCCGCAGGCCUUGCUGUUGGGCACUGAUUCUGGCAAGCUCUACCUUCACGACCUUAGACAGCAAGGUGCCGACAUUCAAGGAAAAGCAGUAAAGUUCUGGCAGCCUCACGAAGACGAGCAUGUUAACAGCCUGGUACCUCUACCUGUCACCGAAGCAAGCACAAGCGGCUUCCCGAAGCAAUGGGUCACCGCAGGUGGAUCUACGUUGGUGGUCACAGACUUGAGAAAAGGCAUCAUCAGCACCAGUGAAGAUCAGGAGGCUGAGCUGACGACAGCCAUCUGCGUGCAAGGUCUCAAGAAAGGCGGCACCAGCGUGGGCGAAAAAGUGCUCGUUGGGCAAGGUGAUGGGGUCAUCAGCCUAUGGGAACGAGGUGUUUGGGGAGACCAAGACGAAAGAAUAGUCGUUGAUCGAACACAGAGCGGCAUCGAAUCAAUGGUUGAAGUGCCACUUGAAUUUGGGAAGGGCAAGCUCAAGAUGAACGAGAAAUUGGUAGCAGCCGGGCUUGAGGAUGGAGCUGUGAAGUUUCUACGCGUGGGAAGGAAUGGGAUCCUGAGUGAAUGGGAUGUCCGGCACGACGAGAUCGAAGGCGUCGUCGGGCUUGAUUUCGAUGUUGCAGGCCGCAUGGUGACCGGCGGCGGACAGACCAUCAAGGUCUGGACGGAAGCUAAAGGCGUGCCUGGGGGUGGGAGGCAGGCUUCGAAGCGUGCCAUGGAUUCAGAUGGAAGCGAGGAUGACGAGGAGGAGCACUAUGAUAGCAGCGACGAAGAAGACAAGUCAAAACGAAAGAAGCGCAAGAGGAAUGAGGGCAAGGACAAGAGUGGAGGCCAGGCUCUGAACUUCAGUGGCCUACUGUAA